AUGAACCAACAACCUCAGUACCAGCCGCAGCGGCGGACAGGCGCCUACGAUGACCUGCACAUAGCGUCGCAGGGCUACCAGGGCUCCGCGCCCGUGCCGAAUGUGCUGCAGCCCGGGGGAUCGGGCCCCCGACCGCCCACACUUCCCUCAAACGCCGCCCCGACUCUCCCGAGCAUGCAACAGCAAGAUUACCAGUCGCACCAGAACCAAACACAGCCCAAGCACAACUCGCUGAGCCUGUCGCAUAGCUACUCUCGCUCGAGCCCCUCCGCGCACUACGAGGCCGGCGGAACGGGCUACCAUCCAUACACCCCGACUACCCCCGGUGGAACCGCUGCCUCCACGCAGUACAUGUCCCCAACUGAUCCGAAGUACAACCCCGCGGGCUCGCGCAACAUCUCCAAUACUCCUCUCGGACUCGCCGAUAUUCGUCCUCGCGCCGACUCGAGUCUAUCCGAUGGCUUGCCCGGGACGCCUGGGUACGAAUUAGCUAGCACACAGUCAAGAACGAGCAAUUACAUGGCUCCUUGGGCGCUAUAUGCCUUCGACUGGUGCAAAUGGGCCCCUCAAGCCAACAGUGCCGGCAAGCUCGCCAUUGGUAGCUAUUUAGAAGACGGGCAUAACUUUAUACAAAUUCUGGACGCGCAACUCACCCCCACGCCAUCCGACGUCUACGUUCCUGGAGGACCUAAAUGGUCCAUGGAUUUUACAAGGAUUGCCGAGGCCACCCACUCCUACCCCGGUUACCCGUUUGCUAUGGGAACCGCCGUCGUCACAAAAGCAAUCUACUGA